AUCUGCAAUCGCAAAUGGUUGUACUAAAUAUAGGAUGGGACUUAAGUUGAACGGCAGAUACAUUUCUCUGGUCCUUGCAGUGCAACUAGCGUACCUGGUGCAAGCAGUCAGAGCGGCGGGCAAGUGCGAUGCGGUCUUUAAGGGCUUCUCGGACUGUGUGGUCACAAUGGGCCAAAACAUUGCCAACUAUCCGCAAGACCUGGACGACAAGGAAAAUCUCGAAACAAUCUGCCGAUACUGGGACGAUUUCCACGCCUGCACCCUCACAGCCCUCACGGAUUGCCAGGAAGGGAUGACAGACGUCUGGGAAAAACUGAAAGAGAAAUCCAAAAAGCUCGACUACGAAGGCAACUUGUUCGUCCUGUGCAGCAAAACCAAGGGGGCGGCUCCCUCCGCCGUGGCGUCCGCCUCUCUGCUGCUGCUGGCUCUUUCGGCCGCGCUGGCGACUCACUUCUGCUUUUAGAAGGCCCUUCUCGUGUAGAGAGCACACCCGUCCACACGACACCGCGCCCGACCACCCACCCCCCAUCCGGCCGCCUCCACUUCCCACCGCUUCUUCUCUCUUUCUCCAGGAACUGGAUUUAUAGAGGAAAAGCCUCCAUCCC